UAACUUUCUGCGUCACCUGUCUUUUUCCUAUAGGUGAAUUAUAAUUGUAAGCAAUACUGCCUGAAAUAUUUAAAGUGUUAGCAAAAGAAAAUGUCUACUUUAUGCAUCUUUAAUCAUACUGGAUGUUCUUACAAUGGAAAUAAUACUGUGACUGAAAUUUGCUAAAUAAAUUGGUUACCAUUUUAAUUACAUGGCAUAUUAAAAGAGUGCUAAUUGAUUUUUAGUAGGUAUGGAUGAAAACGACACACAUCCUCCCCACCAUAGCUGCCAAGUUAUCCCUUUUUAAAAAGGGAUUUUCCCUUAUGCUGAAUAGGCUUCCUCGCGAGAAAAGGGAAAACUUGGCAGCUAUGCUCCCCACCCCAUGAGAGGUUGAGGUUUCGCUAGGGUGGGGUUUGGCUUUGCUGGGAAAAUGUUGUUCUGGUGGGAUGUGUGAACUGACAGAAAGGAUCACAGUCUUUUGACCACUUUCGACUUUCUGUUUUAUCGAGGUGUUGCACAGCAGAUGGUAACUGCUAGCUCUAGAUGGUGGGUACAAAAGCACCAACAAUAAAAUUAUCCUUGUGAUUACAGAAGACAGGUGGGAUCCUGUUUAUCUGUCUCCAGUUUUAAAACUUGAAUGUUAGCAGGAAGCCUGUUUCUGCUGUUGAACUAAAAGUUGGUUUUUUUCCAGUUAAAUACUAGAUAAUUAUGUAGUUCAGGAAGAGACAACUAUUCUCUUGGCUGUAUACUUCCACUCAUAGCUGGCACGAACAACCAGCAAGGCAGGCAGCUGACCAUGGGUGUUCAAUGGUGCACUAACUGAGCCAAUACCUGGACCUUGCACAAUCUGUAACCAGCUUUCUUUGUUGCUCUCCUGGAACUUGGUAUAUCAUCAUAAAGGUGGAUUAAGGUUCAUAGGAAUGACACAAGGGUGUAUAUUUGCUAAGGGCAGACGAAAUCUCUGGUUCAGGAGCAGGCCCAGAAAGACCUACAAAUAUACAAAUCACUGCCUAUCCAAUAAUUCAGCAAAAUACUUGAAACCACAUAAAAUAAUUUAAGGAAGGAGGUGAAACACAUUUAAACAAAUUGCUAGCUUGCUUUGCUUCUAUGUAUACUUCUGUGAGUAUAUUUAUAGAGUUUCUGUUUUGAAUCUAUGGAGAACACUUAAACUCUUUGUAUUGUUUUCUUACAAGUGAGUCUUGCCACAAAAUGUUGCAGUGUAGAGUGAUUCUUCUAGGGUUCCAACCAGCCAUGUCCUUUCCCAGGCUAUGCCUCAUUCUAUGUCUCCUCCCCUCUGGCAGUCUUUCCACGCCCCCAAACAGGCCACUGAAUGUGCUCUGUCUGCUCUUGGACUGUUUUGUUCCCCUCACCCACCAAGGACUUUAAAAAAUGGUACUUGUGUAAGCCCAAGAGUCUACUAAUCUCCUCUGUGCAUGGAUGGUGCUGAUUUAUUACGAUGGACAGUGAAGUGUUCUGAUUGGGCUGUUCCUCUUGCACAAGACUCAGGCAGGAGCAAAGACUUAUGGGAGCUAGACCGUUUCUCCUCAGUUUUUCCCUCCUUGGCUCUCACUGUUUUGUUGACAGUUAGCUGAGUCCUCUUUAACUACUUUCUUUGUUAUUCUUAGUUACUUAGUACUGGUAAUCGGCUACUUUUCCUGUCUAUCAGUCAUUUUAUGCGUCUUCUAAAGGUAAAGGUAAAGGGACCCCGACUCUGGGGUUGUGGCACUUAUCUCGUGUUAUUGGCCAAGGGAGCUGGCGUACAGCUUCCAGGUCAUGUGGCCAACAUGACAAAGCCGCUUCUGGCAAACCAGAGCAGCGCAUGGAAACGCCGUUUACCUUCCCACUUGGAGCGGUACCUAUUUAUCUACUUGCACUUUGACGUGCUUUCAAACUACUAGGUUGGCAGGAGCUGGGACCAAGCAACGGGAACUCACCCUGUCACAGGGAUUCGAAUCACUGACCUUCUGAUCAGUAAGCCCUCGGCUCUGUGGUUUAACCCACAGAGCUACCUGCGUCCCAACUAUGCAUCCUCUACUGAGGUGUAAAUAAACAACCUUGUCUCCCUGCUAAACAUCUUUCCCUGUUGUGUAUUCAGUGUUUUACUUCUAUUUUUACAUUAAUUUCUUAAUUUUUAUCUUUAUUUCUUGUUGCUGGCCAUUGCCGUUUUGGCAGAUGGACUGCCUUUUCUUUCAACUUUUUUUGCGGUGCAGGCUGCCUCGUGCAACGACUGUGCACUGCUUCCCUAACAACCGCUCUGUGCCUUACCCUCAGCGUCCUUUUGGAUCCUUUAUUCAGUGCAUUGGCUUUUCUUCAAAAAUUGCUGCUUCUGCAAAGAAAGAAAGGGAUAAAGAAAAUAAGCUUCCACUCCUUGUUCUCCUGUCUGCUUCAGCAGCGCAAAGGGCUGUUGCGACACGUUUUGCCUGCAGUAAUAUUUGAAUCAGCAGUCUGGUUCAGUGGCUCAAUUUCCUCCCACUAAAUUUCAAUGCAUCCUUAGAGUCUCUGCAAGGCUUGGGUGCCUUUCCGCAUAAAAAAGCUAAACAAAUGUAGAAUGUGGUCCUCUGAUUCCCCUCAGUCGCUCAAAUCAAUCCCCCCAUGCUAAGGGCCAUCUUUUUCCAAUGUUGUCAGUAAGGUAAGGUCUACUCAUGUAAACAAACCGCUUUCAGAGCAAUCCAUGGCCUAACCACAGAGUGCUGCUCAGUUAUCUAGUGAGAUUUUACUGCCAUCUGCCGGCAGUACUAAUAAUGACAUUCCUCUGAUCCUCAGCCUGAAUUUCAGGGUUUUGCUGAUGACCAAUUAGGAUCUAAUGAGCAAAGUUCAUUGACACCAAUGGGUCAAGGUUUAUCAGAGGUUUUGAAUGUGAACUUGUCUGCUUCUUUAAUUGAUCAGUUGAAGGAUGCCCUUCUUGCUUACUUAUCAUCAGACCUGAAGCAUGACUUAUGUCCCAAUGCUGCCUUUCCUGUGCGUACUAAAUCAAAAGCUUCUUGUAAGUGUAUGCCACAUUCUGCAGAGAAUUCCUCCCCUAACCCUUUUCAAGUUAUGUCUGAGGAAUUACAGGAGGCUGAUUUUACUAUGCCAUCAUCUCAUGCAUCACUGGAUGUGGAAGAAGAGGGUGCAUGGAGUGAUGAUUCAGUGCAGGAAGAGCCACAAUCUUCCAGGCUGUUUCAAGAUUUUCAGGCAGCAACUUUGCAGCAUAAGAUUAUGAGCACUUUAUGUUUGUCCUCUAAGUAAGCAAAUGAGGCUGAGGCAGUUUCUGGAAGUUUUGUGUCUUUUCUAACAGAUACCAGUCCAUCAACCAACUUCAUGCAGGUUCCAUCUCUUCUAAAAUCUAUAGUAAAGGCAGAGCUAGACGCUCCUAUGCAUUUGAAAAGGACUAAUGGAUUGGUGAAUAAAUUAUAUCCUUUAGAGCCAGAAUUUAUGGCUUAUAUUAAGUCACCUUCCAUAGAUCCUCCUCUGCUGCAUCUUUCCUCAUGUCAUUUGGCCCCAAAAGAUGAGGAUGCUCAAUGCUUAAUUGCAUGAUAUUACAGAUAGGAGAAUCAAGUUUGCCCUUCGCGAAGUACAUGAGACUGCUUCGUUCUCAUUGAGAGCUUAUUGUAUACCCUGUUUCCCUGAAAAUAAGACAUACCCAUAAAAUAAGCCGUAGCAGGAUUUCUAAGCAUUUGUGCAAUAUAAGCCAUAGCCCGAUAAUAAGACAUAGUGAUAGGCGCAGUUCUGGAGGGCGCCGAGGAAGAGGCGAGGCUGGACGCGUAAUAAAAAAUAAGACAUCCCCUGAAAAUAAGCCAUAGUGUGUCUUCUUGAGGAAAAAUAAAUAUAAGACAGUGUCUUAUUUUGGGGAAAACACGGUAGCUUCCUCCUGUGCACAUGCCUGUGUGGUAUGGCUGGAGGAUUUGCUCCAUAAUCCUCCUCAGGAUGUGGUGUGUCACCAUCAAAUCCUUUCAAAACCCCUAAAAGCACAAGCCUUCAUGGCGGAUGCAACUAUGGAUGCUAUGCAGUUUGUGCCAAGAGCCAUAUCUGCACAUGUAAAAGUGUGCUGCACUUUGUGGCUUAAUAACUGGCAGGCUGACUCUGCCGCUAAGGCUAACUUGUCUGUGGUACCUUUUGUGAGAGGCCAACUACCUGUACUUGGAGAAUCAGCUCUGAAAGAUGUUUUGGUGGAAUCAAAGGAUAAGCGUACGGUUUUGUUAAGUCAGAAGGCUGAUGGAAGGUAUGCUAGGCAUUUUGUUCCAUACCCCACUCAGUUCCAUUCCUUUCACUACUCAGGUUCCAGAAUAGGCAGCGAGAUUCAAGUCUCAACCCUUUAAACAGCGUUACCAAGGUAGACAGCCAUUCCAACACUUUUCUGCCACCCCAGCCACCAAGGGUGGUAAGCAGCAUACUCAUUGACUCAGCGUCACAACAGGUAGGGGGAUGCCUAAAAUGGUUUCUCCCUACCUGGCAGCAGACCAUAUGAUUUAUUAUAUGCUUGAGUUUUUAUUAUGGAGGGUUCGUUUUCUGGACAUGGAGGUUUUUUCAUGUUGCUGCACAUUACUUUCUUUACUCUUGUUCCUGUUGCGUAUUAGCCAGGAGGAGGUAGGCCUGGUGUUUAAUUUAGUUUUAGAUUUUUUGUCAUGAUGCUCCUGAUUGGCGAGUCAAAAAAACUGAGGAGAAACAGUCUACCACAAUUCUUUGCUCCUGCCUGAUUCUCGUGCAAGAGGAACAGCCCAAUCCAAAUACUUCAUCGUCCACCUAAUAAAUCUACUAUUCAGGAAAUGGGACGUCAUGAUGACCUCUGGUCUUUGUUUUACAUGUUGGUCGAAUUUGUGGUUGGACAGCUGCCCUGGAGGAAAAUUAAGGACAAGGAGCAAGUGGGCUCCAUAAAAGAGAGGUAUGACCACCGGCUGAUGCUGAAACAUCUCCCUCAAGAAUUUAACACCUUUCUAGAUCACAUUUCUACUUUAGAUUAUUUUACUAAACCUGAUUACCAGCUUCUCAUGUCCGUCUUUGACAACAGCAUGAAGACUUCUGGGGUGACUGAGAGUGACCUAUUUGACUGGGAAAAGAGUGGAGCUGAUGGCUCUUUAACAACCACCACCACUUCAACUACUCCUCAACUGCACACUCGUCAGACCCCAGCUGCCAUAGGAAUUGCCAAUGCUACACCAAUACCAGGAGAUAUGCUGAGAGAGAAUACAGAUGAUGUGUUUCCAGAUGAACAUCUUAGUGAUGGUGAGAAUGGUAUCCCUAUCGGAAUCUCUCCAGAAAAGCUACCAGAGUCUCCUGGACAUCGUCUUCAGGAAAAGGAUGUGUGGGAGGAAAUGGAUGCAAACAGGAAUAAGAUAAAAGCAGGUGUCCAUAAAACUGCUACAGAAGAGGAAAACAGCCAUGGACCAAUUAAUGGCAUGCUUAAUGCACCAAGCCUUGGUUCUCCAAUUAGAGUCCGCUCAGAGACCACACAGCUAGAUCGGGAUGUUCCUCUUGUGCGGAAGCUACGAUCAAUUCACAGUUUUGAACUGGAGAAACGUCUGACCUUGGAGUCCAAGCCAGAUACAGAUAAAUUUCUGGAAGUCUGCAUGGAGAAGAAAAAAAGAGAGAUGAAUCCCGGCAAAGAAUCUGCUGUUGCAGCUUUUCAAAAACCACCCAUGCCUCCAGUUGCUUCCAGUCAUGAGCAUGUUUGGCACUAUGAUGAAGAAUACCUACCUGAAGCUUCCAAGCCCAUUUCUGUCAGCUCUCCAGAACAGGGCGAUGGUGUUGUCAGCAAUGGAUAUGUGGCAGUCAAUUUGAGUUCCUGCCAGCAGGAGGUUGACUCCAAGGAAUGGGUGAUAGUGGAUAAAGAAAGAGACUUGCAGGAUUUCAGGACUAAUGGAGUCUUAGGGCAUAAAACAACUGGAAGCCCCUCUGAUGAGGAGCCUGAGGUGCUUCAAGUCCUUGAAGAGCCCCCACAAGAAGAUAAGCUUAGAGCUCAUACCAAGAAGGGUAUGGGAGCAGCAUUGGAUCUAGAUAUUGAGUGUCAUGGUACAGCAGCUUCUGAACAGUUUACAGAUCAAUUAGAACUACCAAUUGGAACUGCUGGUCAUCUUCUUGCAGUCACACCCACAAGCCUAAUGGAGGCCCAGGCAGAAGGGGCUCUUACUCCACUCAACUCACUUCACAUGCUGCAUUUCUCCAUCCCAAGAAUUUCAAGUCCCAUCCUCCGUACCCUGAGCCCUAUAACCCACCUCACCACCCACCCGGACCCUGUGAAAGAGGCUGGCUUUCCAAGGAGUCAAUCAGCAGACAGCCACUCUUCCUCUUCCUGGUCAGCUGCCCGUAGGCAACUUCCUGUCAUUCCCAGUGGAAACAAGUUCCCCCCUGUCAUUCGCAUCUCAAAAGCACAACUUCAGCAGGUUACAAUACCCAGACCAUCAAUGGCAUCCACACAGUCUGCUUCUGAGAGUUUUCAUUUUGGCCAGCAACUAGAGAAGAAGGACCGGGAUCCUCGGCUUUUGGAACAUACUGUUGAACUUUCCUCUCCUAAGGAGAACUUGGUUGGCUUGGCAGCGGCAAACGAUGCACUAACUCUUAGUGGCGGUAGAACAGAUAUAGUACACAAGUUAGACCAUAACCUAGAGGCAAUUGGAAAGGAUGAGUGUAUUGAAGAAUGUGUUGGAAUCCAAGAUCAUAGCCAAACAGACCUACUUGAACAAUACAUGAAGAGACAAGGAGAAAAUCUCUUCGAAAAAGUGGAAGAGAAUCAGCUUCCUGUGGCUUACGAAAAUGAUAUUGAAAUACAGAUUGAAGGACCAUGUUCAACUGCUCAAGGAAACACUGAAUCUGUAUUAGAUGGUCCUCAGGCUGUUACAGAACCUGAAGAACUGAGGCCAAUUCCUUCCUCCUCCUUGCCAAAUCAGGAUGCAAAACAGGAGUUACAGAAGCAGUCAGCAGCCGAAACAUCAGAUGUUUCUUUAUCAAGAAGUACUGACCCAUUUGCUCAAAAACAGGAAAACCAAGUAGUACCAGUGCAAGAAAAUGGUUUCCAUGAUGAUGGGGAUAUUGAUCAUGCUGAAGAAUUGCAAUGCCAACAGGUGAACCUUGCCACCUUUUUGCACCAAGAGGGGAAAGAAGAGCAAAAUGUCCAGAGAAAUGGAGAAUUGUUGCACUCCAGUUCUGAGAAUGAGAGUUCUAAUCCAUCCAAGAAGGAGUUAGUUAGAUCUGCAUUUGUGGCUAGACAGAGUCGCAUCCCAGUUUUAGCACAAGAGGUAGACUCCUCAUCAGAAUUGUCUCCUGUUUCAGCAAAGGAGAAGCUGCUUCUAAAAAAGGCUCAUCAGACAGACUUGGUUAGAUUACUUGUAGAAAAGAGACAGCUCAAAUCUUUCCUUGGUGACCUCUCAAGUGCCUCUGACAAGUCACUGAAAGAAAAAGUAGUUGCUGGUCCAUUACCACUUCCUGAAGACGUGUUGUCCUCCUUUUCAAAACUGGCACUGGACACUCAUUUGCACGGCCAAGUAGAGGAGAGUUUUUUGUCACCAAGCAGUCCUCAGUCCAGAAAGAGCAAAAUCCCAAGACCUGUAUCUUGGACUCCCACAGAUCACAUUAACAGUUCAAAUUCAGCUCAGUUUUUUCCUCGUCCACCACCAGGAAGACCACCAACAAGGCCUGGAGUAGAAGCCAGGUUGCGCAGGUACAAAGUACUAGGAAGUAGCAGCUCUGAUUCAGACCUGAUCUCUCGCCUGGCUCAAAUUCUUCAGAAUGGAUCUCAGAAACCACGAAGCUCUUCUCAGUGUAAGAGUCCAGGGUCUCCACAUAGCCCCAAAACACCACCCAAAAGCCCAGUCAUCCCCAGACGCAGUCCCAGUGCCUCCCCUAGGAGCUCCUCUUUGCCUCGUACUACCAGCUCCUCACCAUCCCGGGGCGGGCGUCCUCACCAUGAGCAGAGGAGCUCAUCCCCACAUCUUGGAAGGAGUAAAUCGCCUCCCAGUCUUUCAGGCUCUUCAUCUUCCAGGAGAUCCUGCCAACAAGAGCACUGCUACAACAAGUCUAACAAGAAUGGGUUGAAAGGAUCUAGUGGCUCCUGCCACCACUCCUCUAACAUUAAGUCUCCCACUGGGAAGAGCAAAUCAGCCAGUAAACUUAGCAGAUAGGAACCGAGUCUGUGUCUGGUGUCAAAGCCCCUUAAUCUGAUGCAUGUUGUGUUUGUGUACUGUGUAUUUAAACAAAAGUCUUCAAAAAUCAGUGUUCAUCCUGACUUUCAAAGGAAAAAAAUAAUAAGAUGAAUUAUUUAUAAGGUCCACUUUGUAUAUGAGUGGCCAGGCAUUUCCUAAGAACAUGCAGCAAGCAGAUCAGGGAGGCUAGAGGGCAGGGAUGGAGCAUCCGGAAAGUCCAAGAUGUGUGAAACAGAACAGUGUCUUGGAGGUGAGUGUUUUUAAUAAGUUUUUAGUUUACUUUUAAAAGCAUGACCUAUUUUAGGCUCUUUCACAGUCAUCAAACCUGAAACCUGAAAUUAAUUUCACCUUGGCACUAUUGCAUCUGAGUUACUACUCAGUUGUGUGUCUGUAGAGUUUUUAAAAAGCACAUUAUUUGAAACAGCAAUACUCCUGUAAGUUUCUAUCAAUGUUGGGCUUCACACAUCUGUUUUCAAGUUGCUCAUUGCCCAUGUUCCUUGUUGGUUUCUACUUCCCUCCUUUUAAAGCAAAAACAGAAAAACUCACCAUCUUGUACCACUGUAUAUUUAAUGUGGGCUACAUUCUUAUAUGCAGUAAAUGUGUACAAAUCCAAUGUAAUUUAACAUUUAUGUAAAUUUACCUAUAUUUUCAGAUUGGUAACAUUCUAUUAACUGCUGUUCAGAUCCUGAUUCUUGGACAACUUGAUCAUUUAUCUGUGUGUGAAUUUCUGGAGUUAUGGCAGGUUUACAUCAUAUCAUAUAUGAAGGAUUUGGAGAUGAUGCUCACAGUCUGAGUUAAGAAGGAAAACCAGAAGAGUUUGGACCCUGGAGCAUUCCUAUAAUUAAAACAUUUGUUUGUGCAAUAGUCUCUCAGGGUACAAAGGAGAGCCACUGUUAAAGCUGAUCAGAAUUUACCCGUUGGGGUGAGAUGUUUAGUCCAUUUGCCUACCUUAUUUACAGUGUUCCUCUCAGUGUUACUGUACUGAGGAACAGCAGAAAUGUUUACACACUUAGACUUCUUACUUGAGAAUGUAAUCUAAAUCUGGAAGAAAAAUGAAGCUUUCACCUUCUACUAAAAGGACACUGCAGAGCCUUCAUAUGUAGUAGGUUAGAAAGAAGCAGCAGUUCCUUUGUUUUCUUAAGAAUCUGAAAAAUAAUACUUGAUAGUAAAACCUACAACGCUAUUUCUCACAUGUCAACAUCCCUAAACCUAUAUUGUAUGUCAAGAGCACGUCUGUCCAAUUUGUAGAUGUUGCUACCAAAAUCUGAAUACAUGUUUAUUGGGGGUUGGGGUGGAAGCCAGCACCUCUGUAGCUUCCCUGCAAUACAAAUAUACAUAGUUCCUUACUCAGACAUAUUAUUGUGUUUAGGGACAUUAUAAUUUGGAAAACAACAUACUGAAAACUCAUGUUUAAGAUUGUCUUCCAUUACCUUUGAAUAAGAUCAGUGGUUUUUAGUUUUCCCAAACUUUACAUAGGUAUCAUUUUAUGACUAUUAGAAGAAUGACUUGUUUUGCUAGAUUUAGAAAUCAAUGGUGGAUCACAUAGGGAUGUUUUAAAAUGGAUACAACUAGCUCUCCAAAAAGGUUCCUGUUGUAGGGGAUACUGGAUGUGUGGGUAAAUUUGGAAAUUACUGAUCUGCUUGCUAUAGUCAUAUGCCUGUAGCCAGCAUAAAUUAUUUUUAAUUUAACUUUGUUUUAUUUAACUUAGUUUGCUGCCAAUAUAGUAUCUUGGGAUGGAAAAGGGAAUACUUUCUCUCUGAGCUAACACAUUUCUAAUGCUGCAUUGAAGCUGCACUGAAUUUCUCUGGUUCUGUCAGAAUGUGUUGGAAUUUUUUUUACUCUUAAAUGUGUAUAUUGUUUCCCAUAAGUAAUGUAGCACAGUGUGAAACCUUAGCCUCAUUCAGGUUUCAAACACUACAGAGGAAUGCAGUAGGGAGAGCAUACCUGCUGUUUCUUGAGAAACUAUAUGAUUUCUAAGACCUAUUAUGUUGUAUUAUAUUGUAUGAUAGGUGCUAUACCAAUAAUUGCAUGUUCUCAUGGUAAAUUAUAUAUAAUAAAUAUUUAUAAAUAUAAAUAUAAAUAUAUAUACAUACAUAUGCUUCUAUAUCCUUAACUCUCUCAUUUGCAUUUGUAACAUUAUGGACCACAGACAAUGCAGUACUCCUUCAGUUGUGUGCCUGAAUUAAAUACCCUUGGCCUUGCUGCUCCCAUUUCCUGGCAUGCACAAAGCUGAAUAUUCUUCAUGCCUCAGUUCAGGACUGAAGGGUUGGUGGUUGCUCAGCAACUCAGUGUUCAAUAUCAGCUUUGUCGCUUCACUUUUAAAUUUCAGAAUGAAAUUUAUCUAUGUAUCUGAUGCCCAAGUGAGAUGUGUAUUCAUGAUUUUGACUUUUCAUCUUUCCCCCACAUCUUUCCAUCAGCAGGCUUUCAUGUUGAAAUUGUUCCUUGUGACACUGGGCAGUGAGUGAUGAUAACAGAUCAAUAUGAUACAAGCAAAGAAAAUUUAUUUUCUCUUUGCCCUUGCCUUGUCAGCUCUUUUCUCUUGCCCUCUCCAUGUGUAUGGGAAGCUGGUGGGAUUCUGAACCCUUCCCUGAGACUGCAGUCCAAGUGUUCUGGUCCUCAGGUGUUACCAUAUUUUAUAAAGUUAAUUUCAGCUAACAAAUUAUCAUAGAGUGUAGUUGAAACAUUCUACAUCAGUCUUCCCCAACCUGGUGUCCAUCAGAUGUCUGGACUAUGGCUCCCUUCAUCCAUGAUGGUGAGUUAUGCUGGCUGGGACAGUUGGAAAUUGUCCCAAACUUCUGGAGGACACCAGUUUGGGAAAACUGGUCUGCAUGACAUGCCCCCUUUUGAGAUGGUACAUAAGUGCUUCCAGGGAAUUAUUUAUUGUAAAGGUAAAUAAUUCUUGUUGAUACAGAGGUACAUCACUUUGUGAUAACCUGCCUUGAAACAAAUUUAUGAAUUCUUCAUGCUCAUUCUUACAUUUUUGUGAGGCAUUUAAUGUCAUAUAACCAUUUGGUUUCUAAAGUUCAGCUUAAAAAGGCAUUCCUUUAUUUAUGACUUGUUUAAACUGCUUGCAAUAUUCAGUUUUUAUAUUUUAUGCUAAAUCCACAGACAUGAUGCUUCUAGAAGAGCCGGAGGAAAACCUUUAUAAACAAGUCCAGAGCAUCAGUAUUAGAAAAACAGUUCCCCUUGCAUGUAGGGAGAUGCAUAUCCCAAAGAUGUAUUUUCAUGCUUUGCUGUCAGGGACAAAAUAAUUCCUAUCCUAUGCAUUGACUUUAAAAGAAUGUUGUCAAAAUACUGUUAUACAUUCCUCUUACUUAUGGUAUAUGUAUGCUAAUGUUCAAACUAUUUUGUGUUGAAAUGCAUUUGUAUUUCUUUUCAUGUUGUACAAAUGCAGUAGAGAUAUAGGCCAGACUAGAAGGUAAUUGUGGAAAGCACAGGAGGUUGCCUAUGUGUUUUUUUUUUAUGCAGUGACUGAAAAAAACUAUUUUCUAGAGGUGUCACUUUGCCAAACAUCUGAUCCAAUAGUGAUUAGAAAUCCUUUAGUUUACUAAUGAAGCUUUAAAUUAGCAUGUUGGCUUACUAGUAACCAACUCAUUUUCUCUGUCUUAAUCCAUGGUUUCGUUUCUCCAUGUCAUGUCUUACAUGGUGAUCUGCAUUACCUUUACCACUUCUGGAAGUGAACCAAAUAGAUAUUGUGAAUGAAUUUUGAUUACAACAACUCUAGCUACACAGUAAUGAAGUGAUUGCUGUCAUGGGGUUAAUUUGAAUUGCUUAAUCUAGUUUGUGUUGCAUAAUAAAUUUCAAAUUUGAAUAUGUAAAUCAAGGGCAGCAAAGAAUUAAUAAGCAUGGCUGGGGGUGGAUCAGAACAAAUAAAACUAAUUUCCUCAUUGGCUUGAGCCAGAGCAAGGAAUAGUUGCACAAUUUUCUGAAUAGGCUGCAAACAUUUACCCACAAACAGCAUCAUUUUGCCAAUGAAACUCCAUUGGUGUAGCUAGCAGCGUCAAUCAGCUGAUGAUAAGGAGGGUUUCCCAACUCUUUGGAGCAGGCUUAGGAAGGGCAAAGGGACUGCAGCAGCGGAUUGGGGGAAUCACCACAAAUUGCUUCCUUUCCUGUUCUGAUGACAAAAGCCUUACUGUCAACUGAGCAGCACUGCUCAACUUAAGUUGAGAAUGCUACCCCAAAGCAGUGACAGGUAUAAUAGAUACAGUAUCUACUCUACAGAAUCUCUAUAAACUGUUACCACUUUGUGCUGAAUACACUUUAUUUCAUUGCUUCUGGAAACACCACAGCAUCUUUUGCACAGUUUUUAGAAGUGUUAUCAUUUUUAGGCUGCUAUAUUAUGGUAUGUAGUUCACACUUCUAAAUGACAUUGAUGGGAAACAUCUCAGAAUCAGAGGUUUAUUGCUGGCAAACUCGAUUUUUACCUUGUUCAACAAACUCUUCUAUAUAGUAGUUGGAGGGAUACUUGUCACAUCCAUGACACAUGUUGUGGCUACAAUAUAGCCUUGCUUUAUGGAAAGGGAAUGCAGUUUGAAACUUAUGUGUAGCACCUUUGUAGGGUAACAAUAAGCCUAGUAUUCCUGUGAUACUCAUGUACUGCCUGUGGAAAGGGUAAUUCAGAGGUUUUAACACCUGCCUUUGAAAUUAUCUGUCCCUAAUGCUAUUCUUUAAUAGUAACAAGAAAAUAUAGAGUUGUCUUUUUGAUUCAGGUUUCCUUUGAUUUUAAUUCUACAGUACAACACGUGUAUUUGUGGGACAUAUUUGAGUAUAGUCUCUUGCUAUUGAUAAGUUCUACAUCAUCUCCAUCAAGUCUAAUGAAAAGAAAUUACCAAUAUUAAAAACCCUGCUCUAAUUUUACCUAUGGCUGCUUAUUUUUAUAAUUUACAAAUUUAAUGUUCUCUAAUGCCACCAAAUGCAAUUCCUCCCUGAAGUAAACAUAAGCAACACACUGAUUUCUCUACAGUAGUAAAUCUAUGAAAUGCUUUUGUAUCACCUCCCGUUUCCAGAAAACACCGGACAAUAAUUCUAAUAACAUAAGGAAGACAAUGAAUAUACGCCAAUAAUGUACUUAAAUUCCUUGCGUAUGAAAGUGUAACUGUGCCUGCAUUUUGAAAUCUAUUCCUUCAAUUUAUCUAAAAUAUUAUUUGCACAUUUUCUUUUAUUUCCUCAAAACAAACCAAUUAAAAAAUGGUAAAAAUGUAAUAGGCCAACUGGUUUAUUGGCAUAGCUAAGAUAAAAUAUAACCUUGCUGCUUUUAGAGGCUCAACGCUGCAAGAUGCAGGACAGUGUUAUUUUCCCAGUUAAUGCUAAUAGGAAAUUAAGAUAGUAUCUUGUUGCGUUGAGCCCCCAAGUUAUAUGCUGUGAUUCCCAAAUCACUAUGCUGCUAUACUGUCUCCUGUAGUCUUGGUCUUUCUGCAUUUUGAGUUAAGGACAGCUCAGCCCGCCAGGAUAGCGGGCACAGAUCUCCUUUGACCAGCCUUGCACAGAGGAAAGAUCCUCUGACGGCUUCCUUUUGUCCUAAGAUCAGGUUUGUUAUUGUAGUGACUCCUCAAAAGUAACAUUUAUUUAAGAGGGGAAAGUGGUCAGAGCACUGCAAUGCUUGCUCCUCUCUAUAUUAGUAUAAAACAUACGUGGUUGCAUAGAGGAAUCUCCGGAGCACUGACUCCUCCUAUGCAUCUGAAUAUUCUGGGAGCAGUGACAACACAUGGGGACUCAAUGAAUGAAGACCCCAUCCCACAGUGUCCCUGCUUGCCUUUGAGGAUUGGGCUGUAAAGGCUGUAAUAGCUGACUUACCCAACUGAUCCCUUAACUGUUUGAGGAUUCCCCAGAGCAUUCUGACAUUUUAGGGUAGUGCCUAACCCCUUCCUUUGUCUCAAAACAAAAAGCAGGGAAAUAAGAAAGGCAACUUUUUUGCUUUUGUUCUUGUGAAGUCUGCUUUUCCACCAACUAAAUCUGUUGUUAGUAAAACAGGUUAGUGGAAUGAGUGGGCACAGGCCUUAAACCAGAUAUGUAGUAUGCUUAUGGUUGUGCAUGUCUUUUAGUGAUAAAUUGAUUGAUAUCUGUACUUAUGAACAAUAAUUUGUAUAUAACAUAGCUUUCUCCAAAUUUUGGCCUUCCAUUUCAGGGGAACUUUUUUUCUCCUCACAACCCUACAAGAAUAGUUUUCUGAAAACAAACAAAUUGAGUAAGAUGGAAUAUUAACAAUUCUAGUCAUAGGAUCUUAGGCGAGUGUGUUGCCUAUAUCAUCUACAUUUAUGUAAUUAUUAUCACAGCAGGCUGUGUGCGUUUAUGUAUGUAUAUAUAUAUAUGUAUAUAUAUAGAAGCGUAUUGUAUGUUGGUCUUGUUUUUUUAACUUGGUGAUAGCUCCAUAAUUUUAUUACUUUUAAAUGGCUUUGGUCUCUAGUAACAGUGUCUAUUAACAGUUAAUAAUGGCCAAAAACCCCUAGUGCUAGAAAAUCUUUAAAUUGAACUUCUGCAGCUUUAGACUAGCAACUUGCUUUUAUGAGCUCAACUCAGCUUGCUUGUAGGUAACUUAAAGGAAUACAACUUAUUUCCUUCUGCAAUAAGUGGUCACAGGGACAUCACACAGAGAGGGACUGAGCAGUGGUGCACUCCAUUAUAUCUAAAACUUUCAUAUAGUUCUAUAGCCUUAGGAAUUUGGGUUAAAGUUCAGAGUUCAUCUGUCAUUUGUACUAGAGAUAGCAGUGCAACAUCUAAGUAGGCUUUACCUUGAGUGUUCAUUCAACAAAAGAGAAUUGCUGACAUCUGAGCGUAUGUAGACUUAGAAAUUUAUUUCCUUGGGUCUUUCACAAGAUCUUUGCUUUGGUAAGCGUUGACUUUUGCUGUUCUACAUUUGGAUCUUGCUAUCUUAGUUUUCUGCCGGACAAACUAUGUUGUACUUUUGUCUCCAUUUUUAUGCAGGCAUAAUUCCCCAUGGCAUUAGCCAAAUUAUUGCCUUUAAAGGAACUAAAAGAAUGAGCCACAGAGGAUAAUUGUGUUUGCCAUGAUUUUUUCCCCUUAGAUAUACAAAAUAUACAUUUUGUGUAAAAGUGUGUAGAUUGUGGAUUGCACCAGGAAAUGUUUCAGCUGCUCUGGCUCGUAUAUAGCAGAGUCAAAUUAAUAUAAGGUUCUAUCCAAUGCUAGUCAGACCUGGGGGAGACUCAGUGAAAUGAAUGGUCAUGAGUAAUAGGUCUGUUAAUUUCACUGCGUCUGAGUAUGAAUAGUGUUAGAUACAACUCACUGUCUUGAUACAUAAAAGGCUGCCUUUUAAAAAGGCUUUUUACACAGGUCUUCAGAUCCUUCAGAAGAACAGUAUUAUGCAUCUAGGUCGUCCUCCAACCUCUCUUGCAUACUGUUCCUUGGUGGCCAGAAAGUAAGUUUCUGUAAGUCUCUCCCUAAACAUCUGCUUUCUUACUGAACUAUUCAUGCCUGAUCAUGUUUUAUAUUCGGGUUUUCCCCCUUAACUACUUUACAACAGAAUCCAAAAAUGAAGGAAAUGAAGGCUUUGAAACCAGGAGUGACCUCUGAAGCACUGAACUUCUAACUAAUCUGAAAUUGCUUAACAAUAUUUUAAAAAUGAAUUAUUUCAAAAUUAGAAAAAAAUGCACUUGUUAUUUACUAGAAAACAUUUAGCAUCUCAAGAAUAACAGUUAUGAUGACGAAUUUAGGUAGAAAGUUGUUCUGGAGAGGUAACUUAGUAUCGUCAAGUAUUCCAGUCUUUCCCUACUUCUUGUUUCCAAAAUUCAAAUUGGAUGUAUUUUUAUUUAUAAUUUUUGCUCAGUUGUUUAAGAACAUAAGGUACUGACAUAGUGUCUUUGUAAUGGUCAUUUGUACAUAAAGGUGUAGUUAUUUAUUUCCCUUCCCCCAUUUGUAUCAUAUCAAGGCUUUGUAAAUGUUUUAAGUUCUGUUUUUCAAAUUAUUUUGUAUUUUAUUUUUAUAAACUGGUUCUAAAUAAAAAAAAAUCAUUCAGCAUGCAAACAAUAAUUUUGCCUAGAUUUGUUCAAUUCAUUCUAUAUGGAACUUGACCAAAAAUAGUUCUGGAAAUACCUUCCUUUGAAAAGCAAUGAAGUUUGUUUCCUAUGAAAUGGAAGUGUGGUGCUGAUCUGUGAAUUACCAGUUUUGCAAUGUUGAUGACAUAUUAAACAUCUCUUCCCCCUACAGUAGUGAAAUGAAAAUGGACAUUUUUCUCGUUGCUUGAUUUCUCACCAUUGCAUUUCAUGAAUCAUUGCCAGGUACAAAUUGCAAUUGGGAAAUAUCCACCAAGUUAUUUUCAAUGGGAGCAAAUAUGAUAGUGUUUAAACAUCAGUGAAUGCUGAGUUUUGUCCAGAAAAUAAUAAAUACAAAACAGGCAGGGUAAUAUUUAUAGGGAUAGCUUACUUUCAUAAAGGAGUGUGCAAGGAUUAAGAUCUAUAGUGAAGUCUCCAUCAAACAAAAGUGAAUUGUAAAUCUUAAGUAUUCAGAAAGAAGCAUAAUAAACACCUACAAUUAGGUAUUCAUAGAACUGUAGAGUUGGAAGGGACCACAAGAGUUGUCUAGGCCAAUCCCCUGCAAUGCAAGAAUUUUUUGCCCAAGGUGCCCAGUCUUUUGCCACAACCCUGAGAUUAAGAGUUUUAUAGUCUACUGACUGAGCUGUGCUAGACACAUUGGCUUGUUGAGAAUUGCAGACUGCUUUAACAACCCAUAGCUGGUUAACUGUCACAUCUCUGGAACAACUUGUAAACUUCCUUUUGGUCAGCUAUGUUUCAAGUGCUAAGUGGGUUAGAUUAAAGCUGUGAACUGUUGGGAAUGACCCAGUACUGGUUUCAUAUACUGACACACAAACUCUUGGUUGGAGAAAACCCACAUUAAAAGUACUGUAUUUUUCGCUUCACAAGACACACUUUUUUCCUCCUAAAAAGUAAGAGAUGUCUGUGCGUCUAAUGGAGCGAAUGCAUGGUCCCUGGAGCUGAAUUGCCCAGGGACCAAUGGCAGAUCAUGCUUUUUUUUUUAAGAGCUAAAGGCUACCAAGAGGGAAAGAGAGUGUUGAAAGGAACCCGCUCAGCAGCUGAUUGCAAGAGAUCAGGGAGGGAGAUAUGGGGUGUUAGCUCCAUUCCCAGCCCCUUGCCCAGGUCUCAAUUGUUAUCUGCAGAUGGAGGCUGUUUGUUUCCCCAACUACGUGAUUAGAUUAUCUGUCUGGAAACUGUAGAAAUGGCUCCUUUUCCUUUCCUAAAGAAGCUGCAGAAAUGUGAGUUGAACCCCAUAAAAACAGGGUUUUUUCCCUUUGCAAGGUAAGCUCAACAACUUUGAGCUGAUCCUCAAAAAUGGAGCUUCCCCCCUUUGUAAAAGAAGCUGCACAGCUGUGAGCUGAUAAAAAACAACAACGGCUUUUCCCAUUUGCAAAAGAAGCUGCACAACUUUGAGCUGAUCCUCAAAAAAAUUGAGCUUUCUCCCUUUGCAAAAGAAGCUUCCUCAAAUAUUUAAGGGGGGGGCAAAGGCACAUAGGCCUCUAGGAGUUGGCUGCUAUGCCUAGGACAAUUCAAGAAAGCAAAAAAAAAAAAAUCUUUUCCUCUAAAAAAAUAGGUGCGUCCUAUGGUCAGGUGCGUCUUGUGGCGCGAAAAACAAAUACGAAAUUGGGGUUUCUUUGAUAUACUUCUCUCCAUCGUGUGAGGAGUGAGUGCAAAAGGCUUUGGGGUAGAAUCCAUGACAAAGUGUUGGUUGAAUAAACUAUGACGUUUGGGUCUUUUUUUAAAAAAACAAUCCCACAUUUUUUAUAAACUAUCAAGCAGUAUAUAAAUUUUAUUAAUAAAUAAAUACAGUAACAGUAGUUGUCUCUUCAGCUUUAUGCUUAUUCCCUGUCCCUCAUAUCGAAUGUUCAAGCAGGUAGGUGUGUUUUCUAGGAUCAGCUUAGACCAGACAUCCCCAAAUUUUGGCCCUCCAGAUGUUUUGGACUACAAUUCCCAUCAUCCCUGACCACUGGUCCUCUUAGCUAGGAAUCAUGGGAGUUGUAGGCCAAAACAUCUGGAGGGCCGCAGUUUGGGGAUGCCUGGCUUAGACUGUGGAGUAACCAAAGAAAAUGUCCACAGCUGCCUUUUUUCUACAUUAGGAACCUCUAUUAACUAGGAUAAACAGUAAGGGGUGUGGGCAACCCAGCAAAGAGAGACUUCAUGAAAUCUGAAACUUCUGGGAGAGGAGCUGGAAGCUGGGAACUUACGGCUCGGAAACUCGAGCAAUGGGAAAGCUGCCUGUGAAGCCCCACCCUUUCUCCAAAUAAGGGAAAUCUUUUUACUUCAAUGACUGGGUUGAGAAAAGGUAAUUUCUGGAUGCUGUUAUAGUAAAUUUGGUACCAGGUUUCAUCCUAGUUCAACUUUUUUGGGUGAGUUUUGCACUUCAAGCAACAACUAAGCCCAGUUCCUUAACAGAACAUUAGUGCAAUGAGAGGUUUGCUGCUACUGAUCAAUUUCCACCCCACCCUUAUGUGACUUGACAAAGUUCUCAACAAAACACUUCUUGCAAUAAUACAAUUCAACAAGACAGUAAAAGUAGUAAAUUUAUAUUGGGAUUAGCUGCAACAGAAGCAUCUGUGUGAGUUGGCUGUAUAAAAUACAGGGCUGUGAAAAAGGCUCGAUUCACGGGCCUGAAAUGGAUCCAGUGGUCAUCUGGUUUAUUAUCUUGCUCAAAGACAACGUGGGAAAUUUCGGACUCCAUAGAUGUUGUGCAUUAAACUCAUAUUCAGUUGAAUAGUAUUCAGUAGUAGUACUCUUAGAUGCUAGCAGAAGAAUGUAUCUUAAAGACAUUGCAGGGGGAAAGUGAUCCUGUAAUAGACAUUAGAGGUGAGUGUACUUCAAACUUGGUUGUAGAGCCAGCCCAGAAGUAAAAAGAAGAAAUUAUAGUGUGUAAUGUAUUUGAAACACUUUGGGGCCACACUAUUACCACUGGCAAUGCACAGAUGUUCUGUUCUAACAAUAUUUCUUCAACCAAAAUUCAUAAAGUAUCCCUCUUUAAGCGGCUUAGCCUCUGCCUCAUUUUCUCCAUAAAUUAUAUUAUGCCAUAUUUAUUUGUAUAUUAAAUUUAAAAUAUACAUUAUUUUCUAAAUCUGGUAUUGAUAAAGUUGCUCCUCUCUCCUUCAGUCUUCCAUGGAGCAAAGGCUUCUGGAAAGGAAAAGGUUUUGCUUUCUAUCAGCACCCAACUGGUAGGCUGUCCGCUAUUCACCUGGGGAGAGUUAUGUCUUUGAGACCCAGUGAUAUAGCUGUACAUCCAAGGAAAACAGUCCCAUGUAUUUACAAUGGCAGAUAAAACUGCUCUGUGCAUUAAUGGACCUCUGCUCCUCCCAGCAACCACUAUUCCAGGAAAAAAUAGGUGUUUCUGAAAGUAAUUUUUAAAAAAUUUAAUAAUGUAAAACAUAUGCACAUAGGAAGCUAUCUUAUAUUGUGUCAGAUGAUUGGUCCAUCAAGCUUGCUGAGUGGCAGCAGCUCUCUCACCAAGGUUUCAGGUAGGAAUCUUUCCCAGCCUACAUGGAAAUGCCAUGUACAGGCUCUUCCUCCACUUACAAUUUCAAAUAUCUCCAAAGUAAAACAGAAUAAGGUGUGGGCCAGAGCUCAGCACUACCUGAAAGAGCUUCCCACUUCUGGCACAGCCUGAAUGGGGAAUGCGAAUGUUUUAUUUACAGGCUCAAACCAUGCUUUAUGAUCCCAGGCAUACGUUAAACCAGGCAUCCCCAAACUGUGGCCCUCCAGAUGUUUUGGCCUACAACUCCCAUAAUCCCUAGCUAAGAAGACCAGUGGUCAGGGAUGAUGGGAAUUGUAGUCCAAAACAUCUGGAGGGCCGAAGUUUGGGGAUGCCUGCGUUAAACUAACCAGUAAACCCAGAUCAGAACUAAUAAAAUAAUCCAGUGGAGGGUGUGAGAUGGAGGCUUGCUGCUGAUCAAUCAGGUCCUGCUAAAUCAUUAUUUCAAACUACAUCCAAAACAGGGGUCCAAUAAUGUGUUUUGCCGCAUCUAAGUACGAAACAUACCCUAGAAGAUUCACUCUACUGAUGAGUAUUAAGUACAUUCAGCACUCUUGAUUCUUUCUUUUUUGAAAAAUUUUCUUUAAUUAUGCAACAUAAGGCAGCCUCCCCACGACUGCAUAUUGUGAGCAGAGAAAAUGCAUUUUGAGGAGCUGGACAUGAGCAAUGAAGAAUGACGAGCAAGGAAAAUUUAAAGCACUUUGCUUGGGGCUCAGUACCCACAUUCAUUCCCAGUCCCACAACAGAUAAACUCCAUGUGCUCCUUACAGUAGUAGUAGUAUGAGGCAGCUUUCUUUUCUUUU